AUUGUUACUCAAAACAUUACAAACGUAUAGGCUUUUCUAAAAAAGAAAGAGAGACAGAAACAGAGAGAGUUGUUUAAGAAUAAAACUCUUCUCCGCGUGAACUCCGAUGCUUUAGUCGGAAUAUUCUUCUCCGACAUUCAUCACUCGUCGAUUUUGUAACUAUCUUAGCCCUUAAAACGGUUUAAUGGAAAGUGGAAACAUGUUUGAAGAAAUAGGGUGUUUUGACCCUAAUGCUCCGGCAGAUAUGACGGUGGAGAGCAACUUCUCUCCGGCGGAGCCACCACCGCCGGUCUUGGUCGCCGGUAGCACAAGCAACAGCAACUGCAGUCUAGAAGAUCUCUCUGAGUUCCACCUCAGCCCACAAGACUGCUCCCUAGCCGCUGCAGCCGCAGCUUCUGUUCAUCAGCUUCACAUCAAUGCUACUACUCCUAGUUGUGAUCACCAACUCCAGAGUUUAAUACACCAAAACUUUCAAGAUCCAUCCUAUGCUCCACAGUCUAACAAUUGGGACAACGGUUACCAAGACUUUGUGACUUUAGGUCCUAAUCACACGACUCCUGACCUACUCAGCCUCUUGCAGCUGCCGAGAUCCUCACUUCCACCUUUCGCAACACCUAGCCUUCACGACAUGAUCAUGACAUCUUCCUCUGCCGCCUCUGCUGCCUUUGACCCGCUCUACCAUCUGAACUUCCCUUUGCAGCCUCCUAGUGGGACUCUACUAGGAGUUGAGGAUCAAACCGAGUUCAAUGGAGUGAACGGUUUGAUAUAUGCUGAAGAAAACAACAACACCGAGAAUGGUCUUAACCCUAAAGGGAGAGGAUCGAGAAAGCGUAAAGUCUUCCCUACAGAACGUGAGAGAAGAGUUCACUUCAAAGACCGGUUUGGUGACUUAAAGAACUUAAUUCCAAACCCUACCAAGAAUGAUAGAGCAUCAAUCGUUGGAGAAGCGAUAGAUCACAUCAAAGAGUUGCUAAGAACCAUAGAGGAGUUCAAGAUGCUAUUGGAGAAGAAAAGAAUCACCAGACAGAGGAAUAAGAGAGGCAGAAUCGAAGUGGGGGAAGAGGACGUUGGUGAUGAGAACUACAAUGCUCAAAGCGAAGUAGUGGAACAGUGUUUGGUCAACAAGAAGAACAAUGCCUUGAGAUGCUCGUGGCUGAAGAGGAAAUCAAAAUUCACUGAAGUCGAUGUGCGUAUCAUAGACGAUGAAGUUACUAUCAAGAUCGUGCAAAAGAAGAAAAUCAACUGUUUAGUGUUCGUCUCCAAAGUGAUUGAUCAGCUUCAGCUUGAUCUUCAUCAUGUAGCUGGUGCACAGAUCGGAGAGCACCACAGCUUCUUGUUCAACACCAAGAUUUGUGAAGGAUCUAGUGUUUAUGCAAGUGCCAUAGCAGAUAGAGUUAUGGAAGUGUUGGAGAAACAAUACAUGGAAGCUCUUUCGUCGAACAAUGGCUAUCACUGCUACACUAGUGAUUAAUGCGUUUUCUUCUAUCUAGUAAUGACUUUUCAUAAUGGAUGAUUAAUAAUAUCACAUUAGUAAUGUUUCGUAUUAUUUCGUUUUAUCUAUGUGGGCUUGAAGCUAGUUUUUUCCUCGGAGGAUUAAUAACAUCACAUUAGUAAUAUAAUUUACUCA